AGGGGUACACGCUUUCUACCUGCGCUUCACAGAGAAUGGAGGAGCAACCGGCGGAACAAGAGAGCCCUCGACCGGAGCUUUCCUCCACUGCGCGGAAGAAUCCCUCUCCCAACCCAUGGUCGACUGCGCUUCAGCCGCGUCGUCUUCUCCCCUCAUGCACCACCGUUCCACCUCUUCCGCCUCCCUCCUCCCCUCCUUCCCGCCCUCCUUCCCGC